CUGACACAGAUACACUAAAACAAAUACAAAAAAAAACAUUUUUAUAAAAUGGUAAAAAGGAAGAACCAGGACGCGGUUUCCAUUAAACCAGCCGUGGAACUUCUUUCGGAGGAGGAGUGGAUGGCCCGAAGAAAUAUAUAUAUGCAGCGUUUGGCGGAUCUUAAGACAAGUGUAGCCUUUAUUGAUGAUGCCGUCGAGGAGUACAAGGAACUUCAGAAACAAAAGUUGCGUAACGACAAAUGGAAUAGUUACUUGGCUUGUGAUGGAUUACCCAAUCCCAGUCGACCCGCCGAAAUUCGAAAAUUCAUAUUCCAGCUUAAUUUUAUGGAGCAAGAGUCGUGCGCUAACGAAAUAAGCUGGGUUCUUUCAGUGGACGAGUGUAGUGUCCUCUCUCAAGCACCUGACAGAUGCGAUAGGACCCGAAAAAUCAUGGAAAAAUCAAGGCCAAACGUAGGACAGCUCUACGAUGAAACAGUGCAACGUAUCCUGGCAACCAUAGAAAGGGUACAGAGAGUUCUCCGUAACGACGAUGAGCUCGUACAUUUGCCAACAUUUCAAGUCCGUGAGCUGGAUAAGGUAAAAACAUGCCGUCCAUUAAAACUACAGUUCUAGGAAUCAAGGUGUUUUAGUUUUCCGUCUAGAUUCCUAAUGAACUUUAUGGGGAAAUAGAGAGUUUCUUUGACAAACUGACCUAUCGCGUGGUCUCUUCUCCUGAUGCCUUAAUGAUGUAGGGUCAUGUGAAUUUCUAUGUUAUUUCAUCGUUUUGAUCGAUGACCUUGCAUAUUUCUCGUAGGAACAAGGAUAGUAUCUUGUCAUGCUACUGCUAUAAAUGCAGCAACUUUGACCUGGAGAUAUGGGGACUACAGGAUGUACCCAUUCGUUUCAAUUACUUGAAGCUACCCGUAAUGUGCUCCGAUCUGAACUGCGUGGGUGUGACUAUUCAACUGCCACUCAGUGUGCUUUGCGACAAUCUUACACUGCGGUGUGUGCGAACCUUCUUCGAUCCGCUCUCCCAUCUGGCCAAAAGCUUUGAGCUGGUCAUUGAUAGUUCUGUAAUCCCAAACUGUGGUCUGGUGGAUAUCGCAGAUAGUGUAAUGAGCGAAUGGAUGACCCAGAUGGAUAUACAGGAAGAUCUCGUGGUUAAAAUGGAAACGGAAAUGCGGGCUUACAAUGAGGCCAUAGCUUUUAUCGCACAAGCCGAAGCAAAAGAAAAAAGGAAGUCUCAGAAAAAAAAAAUUGCGAUUCCAAAGCCGCCAAAAAUGCCACAAGAGCUUCCAGCUGGCAUGUUUCCUGAUCCACGCAAGAUAUUUCUGGAGCACGAAAAACGAGAUUGCACUGACUUCUUUAAUAGAUACUUCCAUCCAGGCAAUAUAAAUUUACUGCCCUCAGAGGUGAACCUGCGUCGUUUCAUCAUCUUAGGUGGCAUAGUCUCGUUGGUCUUUGUGGGAAAAGCCAAACAUGCCUCUUAUGAGAAAUUUAAUAUAACGCUGCAUGAGGAUGGACGUGUACUGCGGAAAUCUCUAAAUAUUUUGGACGAAUCGAGUACGGAGGAAUGUAGUAUGCAGCCUAGCAAAUUGGAUAUCGGCACAGAUAUAAUGAGGGAUACCGAAGUUGGGGAAGCCUCUAAAAUUCCACUGCACUUGGAACCAGAUGAGCUGCCUUAUUACUUUCUCACCUUCAAGGUGCCCAAUCAUUUGUGCUUGUGGGGAGAACCCAUUGUUUGCCAAUUCUUCGAGAGCGAAAUCGAAGAAACGCCGUCGAAAGCGAAAGCAGAAGAAUUGGAUAAAAAGCUAGACAAAAAGAAAAAGCCUGUGCGAAAGUCAUCCCGAAAGGAAAACGAAUCAGUACUCAGAGUGCCAACCACGUCAGGAUCUGUAAGCAUGUCAGAGGAGAAGCCACCGCAAAGCAACAGGCCAACAUACCACCAGCCGGCUCGAGAAAAUUCGGUCAAUAUCUACCGUCCAUCUGCUUUAACAAUUGUGCGACAGAGCGGUAUGGAAACGGAGCAGAUACAAUAUAAAAAAACGUUUAAGAACUCUAAUCUGGUGAAGGAGCCAAUAUCAAAGAGAAAUCUUAGCCUUCUUCAGGAUCAAUGCUUACCCAGAAUAAUAUCCUCGCUUAGGUUCCCGCGAGACUUCCAAGAUGAUAAGAUGGAAGCACAGGCUAUGAAAAAGAUUCCGGUUACGCAACUUUACAAAAGGCAAUUGACCGAAUCAGUCGGAUCUACACAAAUCGAGAAGUUCAGUUUCAAUUACGAAGAUCAGUCCAAUCCAGAACGACUGUACCCAAAGUUUCCUGUGACGGAAGACUUGCGUGUGGAGACUGACCGCACCGAUAGUUCGAAAGAGGAGGGUACUAUGCUUGGCCUUCUAAGAACGUUGGAAGGCAUUAAGGACAAAUACUUGGAUGCUCCGAAAAGGAUUGUGGAACAAACCACACACGCCGUUAGAAUGAGCAGGAAAGCUUAUUCAGAUCCCAUUCCUACGACUCGAUCUCGUCGACAGAGUUAUUUCGGAAGACGGUCUGUCAGACAGCUGGACAGUAGCAUCAUGAGCAUUGCUCGACCGGUGGAUAUAGAGUAUGAACUCAGUGAAACCAGCGACACUGGUGAACAAAUGAUUAAGAGCAGAAAAGAUAGUCGACUGCCUUCGACGAUUUUAUCUCAAAGCGCAGAACCCAGAAACGCUGCCCACUGGACUACCGAGUUCAUUCUGGAGUCGAGUUUUAAUAAGGAAAGUAAGGUGGUUAUCGUGAAGACGGAUCGAUUGGGACAUUUUGGAUUCGCCUAUCGACGAUACGCGCAUUUCCCCUUCAGGCACUGGGAAUUGGAGAAGAACGAGCAGAACCACGAUGAGAUCAUCCUAACAUUGGACACCUACCAUGUGCGUGUAGUCUUCUUCAUCAGCAAGGAUGGCAUACGGUGCCAUGCGAUUGAUAUACCCAAGGAGUACGUUCAUAGACCGUUCAAAUAUAUAGAUAUCGAUAAACCCAUCUCGGACUUCGUCGAGCUUCGCAAGCGCCUUCAGGACAUGAACCUGAACGUGUUUGCGGAGCUCGACGCAUGUUUCUACAUCGAUCAGGGCUAUUUCUCGCAGAAGCACCUGGCAGCUGAGUUGCACAUCUACGAUGCCAUCGCCGUGCACGGUAAGCUGAUGAAGUUUAGCCGCAGCCAGUGGAAUCGCCUAGCAAAGGAUCGUGAUCUCGUGCUUUGUCUACAAAAUACCCGGGAUAUACACGAUGGGUCGGAGGUCACGGUCCGGGUAACGCCCGAGGUUUCGACCUUUGUGGAUGUUUCGGAGCUCUGUUCGGACGAUACCAAAGUAAUAAAACUUAAUUAUAAAAGUACUUGGCGCAAUAUGGGGACCUACUCGGAUCUGCAUCAGCUUAUCAACUCUAUGUAUCCACAAGCCACGGAUAUGCGUAAUCGCGAUGCCAACCAGAUGUACUAUAUUCGCCAGCUCCUUCAGGAGAUCAGACCAUUGAGCUUCUCCUAGAACUCCAUGUAUUCACAAGCCACGGAUAUCCGUAAUCGCGAUGCCAACCAGAUGUACUAUAUUCCCCAGCUCCUUCAGGAGAUCAGACCAUUGAGCUUCUCCUAGAUCCGCGAACGCUGCUCAACCAACAACUACCAAACAAACACAGACCACAGCGUACACUUUCCAAUUACCAGCAAUUAAACUCAAUUGCCGUACAACG